AUGGGAGCGGCGGCGGACGCGGAGUGGCUGCGCUGGGUGAGCAAAAAAUUCGGGAAUGUCGCUGGGAAGGAGAAGGAAAUCAGCCUGGAAGAGUUCAAAUCCGCCCUGCAGGUCAAGGAGUCCUUCUUUGCUGAGAGGUUUUUCGCGCUCUUCGAUUCCGACGGGAGCGGCUCCCUGAGCCGGGAGGAGCUGCUGGGAUCCCUGCGCCGGCUGCUCCGCGGGAAUUCCACGGAAAAGCUCCGCUUCCUCUUCCAGGUGUACGAUGUGGAUGGGAGCGGCUCCAUCGACGCCGAGGAGCUGCGGGUGGUGCUCCGGGGCUGUCUCCGGGAGAGCUCCCUGGCCCUUCCCGAGGAGCGCCUCGGGGCCCUGAGCCAGGCCCUGCUCCAGGCCCUGGACCGGGAUCACAGCGGCUCCAUCACCUUCCCGGAGCUCCAGGAGCAGCUGGAGGCGUUCCCGGAACUCCUGGAGAACCUGAGCAUCAGUGCUGCCAGCUGGCUGAAGCCCCCCACGGGCCGGGAUGGGCUGCUGCUCCCGGGGCUCGCCACCUCGGCGCUGCUGCUCGCCCUGGGCGCUCUGUGGCACCGGGAGCGCGGCCCCGCCCUGGCGCUGGCCCGGGGCUGCGGGCAGAGCCUCAACCUCAACUGCGCCCUGCUGGCCGCGCUGAUGCUGCGGCGCUCUCUGACCUGGCUGCGCUCCUCGCCGCUGGCGGAGCUGUUCCCGCUGGAGCUGCACGUGCGGGGCCACGAGCGCGUGGGACACCUGGUGCUGGCCCUGGGGACCGCGCACGCGGGGGCACACCUGGCACACGCGGGGCUGGCGGCGCUGGGCGAGCGGGCGCGGCCGGGCGCCGGUGGCGUUGGUGGCACUGCCCCGCAGAGCGGGCUGGCGCUGCUGGCGCUGCUCCUGGCCAUGCUGGCCUGCUCCAGCCCCUGCGUGCGGCGCGGCGGCCACUUCGAGGUUUUUUACUGGAGUCACCUCUCCUACAUCCCCGUGUGGAUCCUGCUGCUCCUGCACGCUCCCCACUUCUGGAAGUGGUUCCUGAUUCCCGGCUCCCUGUUUGUGCUGGAGAAGGUUCUGGGCUGGGCGUGGCGCUGGGCGGGGGAUCUGCACAUCCUGGAGGCCAAGCUGCUGCCCUCCAAGGUGACCCACCUGGUGAUCCAGAGGCCGAAAUCCUUCCGCUUCCAGCCGGGGGAUUACGUCUACCUGAACAUCCCGGCCAUCGCCGCCUACGAGUGGCACCCCUUCUCCAUCAGCAGCGCUCCGGAGCAGCCAGAAACCCUGUGGCUGCACAUCCGGGCGCGGGGCCAAUGGACCACCAAGCUCUACGAGUACUUCCAGCAGCUGGAAUUGCACGGCCCGGAGCCAAACCUGCCCAGGAAAAGCUGGAGGGAGCGGAGGAGCCGGCACUGGGAACAGGAAGGAUCCGUGGCAUCUGGAGGGGACGGAGCCGUGGAGCUGACGGCAUUCCAAGCCUCUGGAGCUGCUUUCCCAGGAAAGGACCCGGAGCAGGGGGGCGCUGGGCCCGGGGAGACACAGCGGAGCUGCAGCGUCAAGGUGAGGAUGCUCCUGCCUUUCCUGGAUCCCGGGAAAUGCGCUGGGAGCAGCAUUCCCACCAUCCCAUCCCUGUUCCUGUCCAUCCCAUCCUCAUUCCCACCACCCAUCCCCAUUCCCAGCUGCUCCAUCCCUGUGCAUAAACUCCAGUCCUUCCCACCCAUUCCUUGCUCCCACAAAACCCCGGGAAGAUCCCAAAUCCCAGGAUCCCCUUUGUGCCCUUCUCCUCCCCCUGGAACGGCUGGAUCCGUCCCUGAGCCUGAUCUCUCCCAGUGCUUCCUGGACGGUCCCUACGGAACGCCGAGCCGGCGGAUCUUCAGCUCGGAGCACGCCGUCCUCAUCGGAGCCGGCAUCGGGAUCACGCCCUUGGCCUCCAUCCUGCAGAGCAUCAUGAUCCGGUACCGGCGGCGGAAGCAGAGCUGCCCCAGCUGCCAUUUCUCCUGGAGCGAGGAACGGCGGGAUGAGGAGAUGACGCUCCGGAAGGUGGAUUUCAUCUGGAUCAUGCAGGACCAGCAGCACCUGCAGUGGUUCCUGGGGCUCCUGGCCCAGCUGGAGACGGAGCAGGCGGAGCUGGAGCCGGGAGGGAAGUUCCUGGAGCUGCACCUGUACGUGACGUCGGCGCUGGGCACGGGCGACGUGAAGGCGCUGGGGCUGCAGCUGGCCCUGGACCUGCUGGCGGCCCGGGAGCAGCGGGAUUCCAUCUCCGGGCUCCGCAGCCGCACCCGGCCCGGCCGCCCCGACUGGGCCAAGGUGUUGGGGCAGGUGGCGGCGGAGCGGCGCGGGAAGGUGCGCGUGUUCUUCUGCGGCUCCGCGGGGCUGGCCAAGGUCAUCCGCCGGCACUGCCGCAGCUUCGGCUUCCGCUUCUCCAAGGAAAACUUCUGAGCGGAGCCCAUCCCGCGGCAUUCCAGCCGGGAUCCGCUGGGGCGCCAGCGGGGGAUGGGCAACGCUUCCUUCGCAGCCGGGGAAUAAAGCAGGAAAAGAUGGGGAAGCUCCCUUUGGAUCUUGAGGGAACGAUGGGAAUGCUGGGGUUCAUGGAAGCCAUUCCAGCUCCUUGGAAAAACCAAGGAAAAACUGGGAUGGGAGUCGGUGUCCGAGAGGCGCCACUCCUUCCAACGUGGAACCUGCGCUGGAUUGAGAUUGGUUUCCUGGUAAAUCAAGGGAACCCAGGAAUCGGGAGCUGGCGAGGCUGUGGGUAACAAUUCCCCUUGGAAUUCCUGAUUUUCCAGCCUUUCCCAGGCCUGGGAUCUCCUCCGAAGCAGCAGCUCCUGGUGGGCAAGGUGCAGAAUUCCCGGGGUUCACGUUGGGUCGGGAUUGUACCGCGUUCAUCCAGGCUCUGUUGGGUUUAUCCCGACCUGGGUGGUUUUUCGGGAUGGAGGAUCUGGAAUUUGGAAUCAUGGAAUUCCUCCUCUUGGAAAAGCCCUUGGAGAUCCUGGCCUCCAACCAUGCCGCUGUCCCAAGUGCCACAUCCAAAGGGUUUCAAUCCCUCCGGGAUGGGAUUCCAGCCCUGCCUGGCAGCUCCUGCAUGCCUGGAGCUUUUCCAGGUGGGAAUUUUCCAGGUGGGAAUUUUCCCAACAUUCCCAAACCUCCCCUGGCGCAGCCGCCCCACCCCCCCGCUCUCCCUGAGCCGCCCUGCCCAGCCCGCCGCUCUCCCGGUUCCUCUCA